CAGAGCGCCGUGGUAGACUACUAGGCUUUAUAACCGACACUACAGGAGCUCAAAACAUUAUUAAACAAGUGAACUGUAAUGUGAUGGAAAAUAGAUGCUGAAAGAGAAAGAUUUACCAGGUUUAAUAUGAUGGGAAUUAAUGCAAAUGGUAUAUUUAUUAAACUCACUCUAACGUCUGCGAGCAACUGAACAUUCAGAGAGAAGAGGACAGAGUUGGUACAAGUCUUCUGGCUGUAUGCCCACCUCCAGAUGAACUCUUUUGAAACGUGACUGUCUGCACUUCAACACGGAGGCCCCAGCCAGCAGAGCGGCUAACUAGACCUAACUACAGUUACUGUAGACCUAACUACAGUAACUGUAGACCUAACUACAGUAACAUGGAGAUGGUGCAGGUGGAGUUUGAGUAUGAUUACACAGCCAAGGACGGCGCUCUGGUCUCCAUCAAGCCCAACGAGAGGUACAUGCUGGUCUCCAGGACCAACGACUACUGGUGGCACGUCCGGAAGGACCAGGGGACCAAACCCUUCUAUAUCCCUGCCAAGUAUGUGAGGGAGCUCUCUGUAGAGACCCAGGGACCACUGGACCUCACCAGUUCUGGGACUCAGAGUUGCACAUCCUUGCAGGCAACGACUGACAGAGAGCCACCGAACAUGUCUAACAAAGGUCAAAGGUCAGGCGCUGUGACGAAGGUCCGCGCGUCCACGGAUCACUCUGCGAGAGCCACCACUCACAGGAUGUCCACGUUCGGGGUCUCACAAGACAUUGAUGAUAUCAAGCAGUAUGAGCGCAUGAAGACAAUGGUGGGACUGCAGACCUCCAAUAACGAGACUACAGAUUUCCCGCCACGUGAUCUGAAGAGGCGAAGUUUAGCUCCAGGUUUCUCAUUCACCUCAGCCUCAGACGCUCCAGGUCUUGGAGAUAUGCUGCAGCACCGUUCUCUAAAAAUCCUUGUCCCACCCGAGCCCACAAGUGGACUUCCCCAGUUGCAGUCAGGCCCUCCUUCGCUUAUCAAGGAUCCAGUUGAACAGCAGAACUCAGACGGCCGGAUGAUGAAAACACUGCCAGAGGAUCCUAGUGGUCAAUCUCAUUUAUCUCAUGACUCAGAUAUCUAUGAGACUAUGUCAGAUACCCAGCACUCAGAGUUGACAGACUUAGUGGGAACAGAACUGGCUGGAUCUUUGGGUUCAACUGAAACACCAGCAGAACAACAGCAGAGCCUGGAUCAAACUUCUGGUCUGAUUGAUGUUACAGCCCCUCCUCCUACAGCUCAGGUCAAGGAGAGUGCCCAGAACGCUGUGUAUGUCAAUGUAGCAGAGCUCGGCAGAAACAUCUCUGAGUCCCCUCCCUGCUCUCCUCCAUACCUGGCCUCUAAGGGAUGGGAGGUGCACACUGACCAGGAGAGUGGACGGGAGUACUUCUACCACCCCGAAUCAGGGCAGACCACCUGGGACAACCCCACCGAGGUGUCUGUGUGUUUGCCCUCCUCUCAGUCCCCCUCCCUGUCCCCCACCUCCACCUCCAUCUCCGCCUCCCCCCCUGCAUGGACCUCUGACUGGGAGCAGUGUUUGGAUGUGACCAGCGGCUGCCAGUACUUCUAUAACCCAGUAUCGGGGGAGACGUCUUGGGAGCCCCCAGAGCCACAGUGCCCCUACCCCCCUCUGAUGGAGCCUCUGAGUGGGCUCAGCUCCCUGGAGGAAGGGCCGCCUCCCCUGCCUGAGGAGGACUACCCAGACCCAGCCGAGGCUGACCUACCAGAAGAGGAGUUGUUGGCUGUGUCCCCUGUGACCCCUCACUCCUUCCCUAAGGACCCCAGCCUUGUGAUCCAGGCGGUCAUCCCCAGGGCCAGCCUGGACAGGAGCGCCCCGACGGGCUGGAACCUCAACAUAGACCCUGAUGGGACCUGGGUGUUCUCCAGCAGACACUCACCUGAUCAGUGGAUCAAAUCGUUGGACGACAGAGGACAGACGUACUACUACCUGAGAGAUGGCUCUAGAUCCCAGUGGAACCUGCCUGAGGCCCCUGUAGUGUCAUGCCAGUCCAAGAUGGGGAACGGUUUUGAGCUGGAAGGGGUCUCUUUAUCGGUCAUGAAGAACUGGAGACACACCGUGGGUGCAGCUUAUGUCAGCUCAGCCCUGGAGGAGGGGUUCUUCCCGACUCACAGAAUAAACGCCUCGGACUACGACUCCAGUGCAGACAACUCUCCGGAGAUGGGGCAGCACCACGUGCAGAGUUUAGAAAAAGCUGGAAUUCUCAACAAAACUAAAGUAUCAGAGAACGGGAAAAGAGUAAGGAAAAACUGGGCCCAGUCAUGGACGGUUCUUCACGGAGGGGUUCUGACCUUCCAUAAAGAGCCCAAGUCUGCAGCCAUGGGAGCCUCUAUCAAGACCAAUCAGAUCGUUCCAGAGGUCACGGUGGAUCUACGAGGGGCAACGAUUGGCUGGGCUCCCAGGGAUAAAUCCAGCAAAAAGAAUGUUGUAGAGUUGAAAGACAAAAAUGGCCUUGAGUUUCUACUACAGUACGACACUGAGAGUAUCAUCAACGACUGGCACAAAGUUCUAAUGGACACCAUUCGACAGCUGGGCCAGGAACACCACCAAUCUGAGGAGGAGGAUGGGGACGUCAGUGAGAAGUCCUCCAGUACAGAUAGAGAUGACAGGUCACCAGGCACCAUGGACAGAAGGAGGAGUUCUUCCAGACCGACCACGGCCACCUUCUCUGUGGGAGAGACGGAUCAGAAGAAGGUUCGUACAAAGCUGAUCAAGUUCCUCCUGAAACGACCCACACUGCAGUCCGUCAAGGAGAAGGGUUACAUCCGAGACAAUGUGUUUGGCUGUCAUCUGGCUGCACUGUGUGCCCAGGAGAAAACUACAAUCCCCAGCUUUGUGAAGAAAUGUAUCCGAGCAGUGGAAAAGAGAGGUCUGGACAUGGAUGGACUCUACAGAGUCAGUGGGAACCUAGCUGUCAUUCAGAAACUACGCUUCAAGGCAGAUCAUGAGGAGCUGGACCUGGAGGACGGCCAGUGGGAGGACAUCCACGUCAUCACAGGGGCUCUGAAGCUGUUCUUCAGGGAGCUUCCUGAACCCCUUUUCCCCUUCAGUCACUUCAGCCGCUUCAUCCAGGCCAUCAGAACUGUUGAUUACCACCUCAAAGUGUCUUACAUGCGAGAGCUGAUCGAGUCUCUCCCUCGGCCAAACCAUGAUACCAUGGAACUCCUCUUCAGCCAUUUACACAAAGUGAUAGAGUAUGGACAGGAGAACCGUAUGACUGUGCAGAACGUGGCUAUUGUCUUUGGUCCGACGCUGCUCCGGCCAGAGAUGGAGUCAGCCAAUAUCACCAUGCACAUGGUUUUCCCGAACCAGAUAGUGGAGCUAGUCCUCAACCAAUACGAAUACAUCUUCCAUUCCAGUUGAACCAAUCAUAAGCCUCUGUCAGUCAGGGGUCAAAUUAAGCAAUAUUGCAGGAGGGGGAAAAAACACACACUCACUACCGUCAAAUAUUUGCACUGCAUUUAUUCUAAUAUCUUUGUUGGAUAAUCAUUAACCAAUUCAGAUUGUUCUCUGAAUUUCUGCCCUCACUGCAUUCCACAUUGUGAAAUAGCACGCCCGCUCAUGGCAUCACUUACGUACAAUAAAAAAAAAAUGUGGGUUGCUAUAGGCCUAUUUUGAAAUCUUCCUUUCAUGUAGAAAUGUAACAUCACUAUAACAUGGUUUUAUCUUAACACCCCAAUCCCCAAGGCAACCUGGAAAGAUACUUUGUUUUUACCACAGAUCAAACAAACCAUUUUAGAUGCAUUUUAAAGAUUACAUUGAAAUGUUUAAAGGUGGAUGUGAUGUUGCUGUAUAUCAUGUUUCUGAAUAGCUAAGAAGUCCUGUGUUAUGAAUGUGUCUUAUUCAGUCAAUGUAUAAAACUAAUAUAGAAUUGUAUUAAAUAUAUGCUGUGAAUUAGACACUGACUUCCCUUGUACAGCCUCUCUAGAUUUUGUACUGGAUAAUCAGAUGACACCUUUUUAAAAUAAAAUUAGUGUUAAUUAAACAAAUUCUCAUUGUAAGUUAACACAAUGAUAAUGACUUAUGGCUGUACUAUUUAAUUACGUAUGUUAGCCCUAAUAGAGUCGAGAAAGACCAAAAUGAAUAGACAGGUGUGAUAAGCAUGAAAUUAGGUUUUUGUUCUGUACAUAGAAAUAAAUAGCAUAUUUAUGCUGUAAAUUACUAAAAUGCACAAUGUGUUCCUUUAAAAUAACUCUAAAAACGUGUCAAGUAACAUGACUCACUGCUUUCUCUAUGUCUUGUAAUAUUUCAUGACAUAAAGUAACUUAUCCACUGAUGAUAUAUAGCCGAUUAUAUAGAUACCGGCCGCCAGAUGGCACUAUUAUUCCUUUUACGUCGUUUGUCAUCGGAUGAGUCAAAAGGAAUAAUAUCAUCCGAUGACAAACGAAGGUCUGGUUUGACACUCGAAUGACAUGGGCGGAGCAUAUUAACAGAGUAGUUGUCAAAGGAAAGAAAAUAUUGAAUGUGAUGCGUUGCUUGUCAAGAAUGGAGUGGGGGGCAGAUAGAAUGGCGUUGAAAAUGA